AAAACAUCCAAGUAAAGACUUCACUUGAAUUUCAUCCGAAGUUUGAAAAGAAAAUCAGAGGAAAAAAACGUUUUUGUAAAAUUUAAUUUGGUGGGGAUUUUAUUGUCUUUAAACCUUAACUUGAACACAAAAUGAGUGGUGACGCUGUAGAAGAAAAACGUGUGCAGCCCGAUGUGUCUCGGGGACUUCCUCAUCCCCCACCCCUGUUCCUGCGGGCGAGCGAUCGCUACCCACGGACCCCUAAAUGUGCUCGUUGUAGGAACCACGGUGUUGUCUCCGCACUCAAGGGUCACAAAAGGUACUGUCGGUGGCGAGACUGUGUUUGUGCAAAAUGUACACUGAUCGCCGAAAGACAGCGAGUGAUGGCUGCACAGGUAGCCCUCAGACGACAACAGGCACAGGAAGAAAACGAAGCACGUGAACUGGGACUUCUCUACGGACCGAACGGUUUACUACAACUUAAUGCCGAAAGUCUAACGAGCAUCUACCCAGCCAACAGACCCUUUGAAUCAGCUGACUCCGCUAAAGACCGUAACGAUUUACCUGAAAGUUCCAGUCCUGAGCCCAAGAGACGCCGAUGUGAUUCGGAACAAGCAGAGAGUCACCUAUCUGGAUCUCCGAACCGAGAGUCCCCUCCUCCGUCCUCCGGAACCCCGUCGGAUAAGCCUUCGUCCCCGAGAAACUCUCCGUCACCCAUCAACCUGCAGAAAGUCUCGCCACGUCCUGUUAGUCCCCUUAGUGAGACGUCCAGUAUCACGGACGCGGCCGAGAGACGCUCCCCCGGGCUGCCUCUAGGGUUGGGCAGGCGUGCCCCGGUGGAGACACUGUGUCGGGUGUUUCCGCACAUGAAGCGAACGACCCUCCAGCUGAUCCUACAGGGCUGCAACGGGGACACGGUUCAGGCGAUAGAGCAAGUCCUCAACAACCACAGUGAGCCGAGCAGCGGAGCCCUCGUCCCUAGCUCAGCUACCCCUACGGCCGCCCAGUCCUACAUCAGCCCAGCCCUAUCUACCCCAGGUUUCAAGUCCGCGUUUUCUCCUAUCACCUCGCUCGGCAGUGUGCCCAGCUUGAGCUCUGUGCGCUACACAUACGGUGCCCUGGGCCGCGGCAUGGCUCUUGCGAUGCCCUACCCUCCGGGUAUGAUUCCGGGACUGACCAUGGGGUCCAGCCCCUACGGUUACACUGGUCUCACCACACCAGGAAAGGGUUUCCACUAUGCCAUGUGCCCUUGCUGUAACGGAAACAAACCCUACUCCACCACACCCGGAGACAAACCCACAGGAUGUCUUAGCGAUUAG